UGCAUGGCCAGUGCGGAGGAGAUUAUAGUAAAUGGGCAGGUUAUAACGCUGCCCACAUUGGAGGUGGUCAAAGCAGUUCCCAUCAUGGCGGCUGGCACUAACAUCGAUUGGUUGGUCCAUCUCUACUAUGCGCGACGUGAUUUUAUACGUUGUCGCAUCAUAAUCGAUCGAGAGCUUUAUAGAAGUUUGAAUCCAGAGUAUUUGUAUUAUGUCAAGGGUUUAAUUGACCGUGAAGAGGGCAACAGCAUUGAGGCGCUACGUAAUCUACAAAAAGCACUCGACUUAAAUUCAAAAAAUAUUGAAACUUACAAGGAGAUUGGCAAAACACU